UAUGAAUUUAAACCCAAAAUCAGGGCGAGGCCGAGUCUCGACUGAAACUCUGAAAGCUUGGAACGACCGAACAGCCAGCCACCGGCGCCAGCUCGCCCCGGCUCCGCCACCACCGUUUCCCGCCUCCAAGCCCGCACGUCUAUCGGCCGUCGUCCACUCAUCCCCAGUUCCGCACUCGGCACUACUUGUACGCUACUACCGCCAUCCGCUGAUAAGCAACUAAGCACAAUCGCACAUGAAUCUCAGAAUUUGUUUAUCUAUGGUAUUCAGAUUUUUGUAAUUGCAAUUUGCAAAUUACAGAACAUUUAAAAUUAAUUUGUUAUAUUGUUGCUAUUUGUUUAUUUAAUUCAGUUAUUAAGUAAUUGAAUUGAUAGGAGUGAUUUGCAAUUUAUCGCCGACUUAGAAGUUAUGCCUAGGGUUUUGUCCGGCGGUGAGCUUUCUUGGCUAGCCACCGCGUCUUUUAUUUGUUGGAGGUGCUUUGUCCGGCGGCGAGCUUUCUUGGCUUGCCAUCGCGUCUUUUAAUUGUUGAAUGUGCUUUUCGUUUGGAGUAUUGACGGACAACAAGGUGAAGGCUUCGGUCUUGCUUCGAAUUGGGUGUGUUGCUUGAAGACUUCUGCGACAUCGGUAUAAGCCUGCUUUGUCGGCGGAUAUGGAGGUGGAAACGAGUUUUGGAUUUUCGUUUGAGUUUUCUCUUUUCGGUCUGGGAAGCUUUGUGGACAAAUACAAGAUGAUGGCAACUGGCGCAGAAAAAGAAAAACUGGAUCUGAAUAAAGUUGAUGUUGAAGUUGUGGCGGAUGAACGGCAGGCGCGUCCCCCUCCUGAACCGCCGCCGUGGAGUGCAAGCAAAUCUAGGGUUUGGAAGAAGAUGAGUGUUUUCUAUUUUAAUUCUGUUUUUAUUCAGUUUGUGUUUUUCUGUCGAAUUGUGUGUUGUUUGGUCCUGUUUUGGUAUUUGAUUUUUCGUUUAUUUCCAGUUUGUAAGACUUUGAUUUUGGAUAUGGGGAUGAGAGGGAUAUGGUAACCGUUUAUGGCUUUUUGUUUCUCGGUUAUGGAUCAGCGAAUUUUAUUGCUACGGCGAUUAAUUGCGAGUCUGGUUUGAGGGAUAACGGUUAUCAGCUUUCUUUUUGUCAGUUGACCCAUACUCUCAAUUAUUGGUUAUUAAUCUAAGUCGAAUUCAG